AUGGCGAAAACAAAACCCCAAAACGGUUCCACCAAAUCCCGCAACCGCAAAAAAGGCGCCCCGAACAGCUCCUCCAAGAAGCCCGCCCCGAGCCCCUCAACCCUCCUCGCCCAAGCCGCAGACUUGAUCCAGCAAGGCCAACCCACAGACGCGCUUACCUUGGCGCAACGCGCCCUCUCCAUCCUCCAACCGACCUCCACGCCCACACUAGCCGCCCUCCCCGCGCUGAAUCUCCUAGGUGAGAUCAACGUGGAGCUAGGCGACAUACAAAGCGCGCGAGACUGCUUCACGCGCGCCGCGGAGCUUGAUCCCGAAGGCGGCGUGCCCGAGGCAGCGGGGGGAGGCGCGGAGAAGUUUUUGUGGCUGGCGCAGUUGAGUGAGAAGGGCGGAGUGGAGAGUGUGGGAUGGUUUGAGAAGGGGGUUGCGGUGCUGAGGCGAGAGAUUGCGGGGUUGGUGGGGGAGAUUGGGCAGGGUGGGAAGAUGCAGGACGCGGGUGGGUUGCUGGGGGGGAAGAUGGAACUGCUGGAGGAGAAGAGGAGGAAGCUCGCACACGCGCUGUGUGGGGUUGCGGAGAUUUAUAUGACGGAUUUGUCGUGGGAGGAAGACGCUGAGCAAAGGUGUGAGGCGCUGGUCACUGAGGCUCUGCUCGUUGCGCCGGAUAGUCCGGAACCGUUGCAGACGUUGGCUUCAAUACGGAUUUCACAGGAGAAGCCGGAGGAUGCACGAGCAGCGUUAUCACGAAGUAUAGAGCUGUGGAAGGACCUUGACCCCGCAGAUCCGAAGGUGCCGGACUUUCCGACGAGGAUCAGUCUGGCGAGAUUACUGAUGGAAGCUGAGAUGGAAGAAGAGGCACUCGAGGUACUUGAACGACUGAUCACCGAGGACGACAGUAGCGUCGAGGCAUGGUACCUUGGCGGGUGGUGUCUGCAUCUCUUGGGCGGAAAACGGAACACAGCUAGCAGCAGUUCUCAGACAGCACGCGAUGCUCCAUCGGAUGAGGGGGAUACCGUCAGGGCACUCUUGAAAGCCAGCCGCGAAUGGCUGCAGAACAGCCUCAGACUUUACCAGGUGCUUGAGUACGAGGACGAGAGGCUGCGAGAUCAUGCACUAGAGCUCGUCAAAGAGCUCGACGGCGUCUUGGGUCCGGCCACUGAAGACGACGAGGACGAGGACGGAGGGGAUUGGGAAGAUGCAGAUGGGGCAGACGACGAUGAAGAGGAUGAGGAGAUGAGAGGAGCUUGA